AUGUCGUACAACAACCCCACGCAAAUCUUCGCCGACGAUGUCACAGAGGAAAAGGGCGAGAAUGCCCGUCUGUCAGCCUUCGUUGGCGCUAUCGCUGUAGGAGACCUCGUCAAGACCACUCUGGGUCCCAAGGGAAUGGACAAGAUCCUGCAAUCAGGCUCCACCGGUCAGAUCAUGGUCACCAACGACGGUGCCACCAUCCUCAAGUCAAUAGCCCUCGACAACGCCGCCGCAAAGGUCCUUGUCAACAUCUCAAAGGUCCAGGACGAUGAGAUUGGUGACGGUACCACUUCCGUCACUGUUCUCGCUGCCGAGCUGCUGCGUGAGGCUGAGAAGCUCGUCGACCAGAAGAUUCACNCCCAGACCAUCAUUGAAGGAUACCGCAUCGCUUCCCAAGCCGCCCUGACUGCCCUCGCAAAGACCGCCGUCGAUAACAGCGCAAACCCCGAAGCUUUCCGCAAAGACCUCGUCGCCAUUGCCAGCACCACCCNNCUUAGCUCAAAGGUCCUCUCACAAGAUCGCGAAUACUUUGCCAACUUGGCCGUAGAUGCCGUCCUGCGUAUGAAGGGUUCCACCGACCUCUCCCACAUUCAGAUUAUCAAGAAGGCUGGCGGCAAGCUGUCCGACUCAUACCUCGACUCUGGCUUCAUCCUCGACAAGAAGUUCGGUGUCAACCAGCCUAAGCGUCUCGAAAAUGCAAACAUUCUGGUCGCAAACACUGCCAUGGACACGGACAAGGUCAAGAUUUUCGGUGCUCGCGUCAAGGUCGAUUCAACCGGCAAGUUGGCAGAGUUGGAAAAGGCAGAGCGCGAGAAGAUGAAGCAAAAGGUCGAGCGCAUCAAGGCACACGGUAUCAACUGCUUCGUCAACCGUCAACUCAUCUACAACUGGCCCGAGCAGCUCUUCAGCGAUGCUGGCAUCUGCAGCAUUGAGCACGCCGACUUCGAUGGUGUUGAGCGUCUUGCUCUUGUUACUGGCGCUGAGAUUACCUCCACCUUCGACCACCCCGAGCUUGUCAAGUUGGGUCACUGUGAUCUGAUCGAGGAGGUUAUCAUUGGUGAGGACACUCUGAUCCGCUUCUCAGGUGUCGCCGCGGGUAAGGCCUGCACAGUCGUCCUGCGUGGUGCCACCGAGCAACUGCUCGACGAGGCAGAGCGCUCUCUUCACGACGCCCUUGCCGUACUCUCCCAGACCGUCAAGUUCCCCAAGACCACUCUCGGUGGUGGUUGUGCCGAGAUGGUCAUGGCCAAGGCCGUCGACCAGGCCGCCCAGAACGUUGCUGGCAAGAAGGCUAUCGCUGUCGACAGCUUCGCAAAGGCUCUGCGACAACUGCCCACUAUCCUUGCCGACAAUGCUGGUCUCGAUUCCGCCGAGCUGGUCAGCCGUCUCAAGAAUGCAGUAUACAGCGGUAUGACCAACUCGGGUCUCGACUUGUUGAAGCCCGGCGGCGGUAUCACAGACAUGCGCGAGUUGGGUGUUGUUGAGGCUUACAAGCUCAAGCACGCUGUUGUGAGCAGUGCCAGCGAGGCUGCUGAGCUCUUGCUACGUGUAGACAACAUCAUCCGCGCUGCCCCGAGGAGGAGAGAGCGUAUGUAA